CAAACACACGUCAUCAGACUAGUCACGUCGCAGACCAAUAUCUCUUCUGCAAACUGAAGAAACGCGUUCCAACUUCAUCAUUGCAGUGCAAUAGUCGCGUGAUCGGCUUGUCAGGUUACUCGCGUGAGAGCUCGUCACCAGUAGAAGCCGUUGUCAAUUCGUGAAGACCUCGAACAUGGCUUUUACAGAAGACAGCCUGAAGGCGAAGCUCUCGUCGCUCAAUGAGACGCAAGAGGCAAUCUGUACCGUGGGACAGUGGAUCCUCUUCCACAGACGACAUGCCGAGCGCAUCGCGCAAGUCUGGUUCCAGCGCGUCAAAGAGUCCGCGCCCAACAAAAAGUUGACCUUGAUCUACCUAGCAAAUGAAAUCACACAAACUUCAAAGAUGCGCAAGAAGGAGGAGUUCAUUCGCGCAUACGAACCACUCAUCGCCGACGCGACGGCGACCGCAUACAAAAGCUCACCCCACGAGAUCCAGAACAAGAUCCGCAGAGUAGUUGAGGUCUGGCGACAAAGGCAGAUUUUCACUCAGGCUGUUCAGCAGAGCAUCGAGAAGCAAAUUGACGAACUUGAUCGAACGCGUACAAGCAAGAAGCCUGCCCUCGGUGGCUCCCUCUUUUCUAGCUCUUCUGUACCACCCGAGCUCACACCCGUGGCACCUCUCGCGAUCUCUGUCCAGAAAGCGGAUCUCCAUGCAAAGCCAGCUCUCGCAACCGCAAACCAGGACUACGAGAAGCUCACCAAUCCGAACAAUGCCAUCCCUACUCCGCCGAUGCACGCAGCUGGUCUUGCAGCGCUUGUCAAGAAACUCGCCGUGGCUGAGGGCGCCGUGGCUGAAAUCAUGAAAGCAAGGCAAGCUCUGAUCAUAGGGCUCGAACAACUUCUCGAGGCAAACAAGUCGAAAUUGACGCAAGAGGAGGCGCAAAUGCUGGACUUGGGGACGCGCAAAGACGCCAUAGACAGCCGCAAGCGCGAGGUCGAGCAGGCCAUUCUUACGGGCAUGUCAGCCGCCGACACAAAUAAGAUUUCUGCCGCGCCCUUCCCAGUCGCGACGACAUCUCCCGCCGCACAAGACCGUCCGAAAGUCGAGGAACUCACGCCGCCACCCAUGGAAUCCUUCACACCCGUCGGAUCGCCCCAGCAAGUCGCUGCCGCCGCUGCCUUUGAGCCUGUUCCCGACAUUGGCAACGACGUAAUGCCCGAAGCAGCUGCAAACCCCAUGGAGCCUGAAUCCGUUCCUGCCCCGCCUGGUCACACCGCGCUAUCCACCGCCGACACAACCACGUUUGGAGACCCAAACCAGCACGUUGCGCUUGAUCUGCUGAAGAGCCUACAACAUGUGCGACCGGACCAGGGCGGUGUGUAUGGGCAGAACGCGUACCAGGCUACGUACAAGAAGCGGAAAAUGAGUGGUCACAAUGUGCAGGAAGAUGAGUUUGCGGCUUUUGAGGGAGAUGGCGAUAUGGAAGGAAUCGACGACAACCUCGGCGAGCUGAUCUGAAGACUGUGGGGUGUCUAAGAUGGGAAAAUGUUGGAGGGUUAAUGGUUGGGCUGUUGUAAGGAAGAAGCGACCAAUCUCACGACAGUACCAAACAUACUCAGGUUGUUGUACGCGAGCAGAAAAGUACUGGCGACCUUUGACGGAGUAAGGAUAAAGCAUGCGAAGAUCGCAUUCUAUAAGUAAUAGAAACUGGAAAAAGUCGAACAAUUCAUCAUUUAUCAUUCAGCCGAUACCAUUGAUCUAGG